CUUGUGGGUAGCCGGCCGGGGUCUCCUGGCGACGACGAUGGCGGGGGAUGUGGGCGGUCGCAGCUGCACGGAUUCGGAGCUACUGCUGCACCCGGAGCUGCUGUCCCAGGAGUUCCUUCUCCUCACCCUAGAGCAGAAGAACAUAACUGUUGAAAAUGACAUGAGAGUAAACAAAGACAGCCUGACCGACCUUUAUGUUCAGCAUGCAAUACCACUGCCUCAGAGGGAUUUGCCAAAGAGUAGAUGGGGGAAAAUGAUGGAAAAGAAGAGAGAACAACACGAGAUAAAAAAGGAGACAAAAAGGAGUAGCCCUGCAGAUGGGUUGCGGAAAAGACCCCUCAUUGUGUUUGACGGAAGUUCAACAAGUACAAGCAUAAAAGUGAAGAAGACGGAGAACGGGGAUAAUGACCGGCUCAGGCCCCCGCCCCAGGCGAGCGCUACCAGUAAUGCCUUUAGAAAAUCGUCAAAUUCCUCCUCAAGUGUUUCACCCCUAGUUUUGUCUUCCAAUUUGCCUACGAACAAUAAAAUGGAACACGAUAAUAAUGACACUAAGCAGAACCAUGACUUAACACAUAGGAAAAGUCCCUUGGGCCCUGUGAGGUCGCCGCCUUUGUCGCCUAUGGGAGCCACUCCCGUGAAGUUAAAGCGAGCUGCUCCCAAGGAGGAGGCCGAGGCCUCGAUUAACCUGAAACCCCCAGAAGCCAAGAGGAAGAUACAGCAUGUGACAUGGCCGUGAAGGAAAGUUUCCAAAAAUGUAAAUAUAACUGUAACUGUAGUUUUUCAAGCAAGUUCACAUAUAUUGACAGUAUUUACAGAGAUCUUGAUUAUUGUGGAAUUUUCUUAAGAGGUUUAAAUUAGGUUCAAAAAAAUAAAGUCCUUUUCUUUCCCUUUCUCCCUCCUUUCCUUCCUGUGGGGGGGGAAAAUCUUGCCUUUCAUGCUCUGAUUAGGAAGGAAUUUCUUUUUAAACAAGCAGUGUAAUAAAGUCAUUUAUAUUGGC